CGCGAGAGUGCUGUCAGUGUUAAUAGUAGUGCCGUUGGUAUUCCAUGAAAUAGAAUCUGUUCUUAAGAACAAUCCUCUCCGCUCUAUUCUCGAGUAAACUCGCAAACGUCGAGAAGCGACAGAACCCAAUAUUAAACGAUCUCAUAUUGUAUUUGUUCCAAUCAAUAUUCGUUACGAUCUCGAACUUCGAGCGUUGAAUUCCUCGACGGUUCAUACGGUUUCAAGGAUGCAAAAAAUCAGAGAGAAAUUCAAUAUGGAUUACUCCAGUUUUAAAACUGAGGUCUCUAAACAAAGGAGGUCCGCGACCACCAGGGAAUUAACGAAAAUAGCGUACUCCGCGGGGAACAACGUGGUGUCUCUGGCCGAGGGAAUGCCGAACGAGAAAACGUUCCCGUUUACUGAAAUCUCCGUCAAACUUAAGGAUGGAUCCUCGUUCACCCUCGAAGAGAGGGACCUGGCCGUCGCGCUGCAGUACCUUCCCACGCAGGGUUACCCGCCGCUUCUUCAGAGCCUGAGGGAGUUCCAGCGAAGGGCGCACGCACCUCCCUUGUGGGAGAGCCGCGACAUUGUGAUCGUCUCCGGAGCUCAGGACGGAUUAAGCAAAACUCUCGAGGCUAUAAUCGGGCCCGGUGAUCCGCUCUUGGUGCACGAUCCUUUUUAUCCGGGCGUGGAAGUUGUGGUCGCGCCCUAUAAGGCAGAAUUGAUCCCCAUCCCGCAAGAUGAGCACGGUGUCAUCCCGGAGAUUCUCCGGGAAACGUUGAGAAACAGGGAACUCGCCGGCAAGAAAAUGCCCAAGCUCAUGUACAUAAACGCCACCGGGACCAAUCCCACCGGCGUUGUUAUCCCGCUCGAAAGGCGGAAGGAGAUAUACAGUAUUGCCUGUGACUACAACUUCUUGAUCCUUGACGACGAUCCUUACCAUUUCAUGCACUUUGAAGAUGAAGAACCUAAAUCGUUCUUGUCGUUGGACACGGAAUGCCGUGUAAUAAGGUUGGACUCCUUUUCGAAAGUGAUCAGCAGCGGUAUUAGAUUAGGAUUCAUCACAGCAGCAGCGCCGUUAAUCGCGAGCAUAGAACUCCACUUGCAGAGCAGCCAUCUCCAUGCCCCUACAUUAUCACAGGUGAUAAUGUACAGAUUAAUGAAAGCCUGGGGAUACGAUGGACUAAUAGACCAUUUCAUGAGUAUAAGGUAUUUCUACAAGCAGCGCAGGGACGUUAUCGCGGCGCUCGCAGAAAAACACUUGAACGGUUUGGCAGACUUCACUCUGCCAAAGGGAGGAUUCUUCCUCUGGAUCAAAGUACGAGGCAUCCAGGAUACUUGGAAGAUGAUCAUGCAGCGAGGAGUUAAGGAAGGCGUAAUAAUGGCGCCCGGCGGAGCCUUCAUGAAGGAUACCACUAAACCUUGCAAUGCUGUCAGAGCGAGCUUUGCAAAAGCUUCUUACGAAGAGAUGGAUCUGGCGUUACGAAGAUUGGCGGAUUUGAUCAGAUACGAAUUGCGGCACAAUUAUCGGUUAAUGAAUGGAAAUCCGUAGUAUUAACGGUGGUAUUACGAUUCUGAAUGUAGUAUACCUUGCAUUUUCGACGUUACCAGCAGUGAGUAACGACCGACUAUGUGAAUAGAGUAGUCUAUUCGUAGGGAAUAUCGUACAUUGGUAAAGAUGCGAUAAUUUCAUCGAUUGCUGAGAAUUUACCGACUACUGAUACGUUAGUUCGAAAACUAGAGAAUUAUUUAUACCUAUGAUAAAUAAGUCUUCGCAUAUUAUUUGUCAAUAUGAUUCCUAGAGGACGCUAUAAGACCAAACUUUUUCUUUGAUAUUUCUAAUUUCUAAUUGGUUAUCGUUUUUUGUAUCGUUCAAAGCGCGAACUCAAAUUUGCGUUAUAUAGCGACGGUUUCGCUAGCUAUCAUCGUCUCAUUGUCUUAAUAUUGUCAUCAUUAUUUUCAUGAUCAUCAUUAAGUUGUAUUUAACCGUUUCCAAAAAUGCAAAGCGAACUUUGUAUUUUAUUGUGAUAUAUGUAUACGAAAGCGAUUUUUUUUAUUUAUCAAAUAACGGCGAAGUAUUGUAUAUUAAUUGGAGUUUUGUUAAAUUUAUCGUUUUGUAAAUAAAAUUGCGUUGAUUAUA